AUGGGAGCUAGGAUGGUUAUAAAUGCGGAGGAGCUAAGAUGUUGGGGAGGUUUAUCGGAUUGGCCCCUCCCAGGUUCUCAGGUGCCGCAGUGGUCUGACGAGUAUGAGGCAAACUUCCUGAAGCUCAAAGCCUUGUUGACUUCAGCUCCAAUUCUUACUUUUUCUGUCAAGGACCAGGAAUUUAGAGUGUAUUAUGAUGCUUCAGGUGUUGUCUUGGGUUGCGUUAAGUUUGAGCAUCAAAGGCCAGGUGGUUUGACCCAACGACUACUCAUUCUAGAAUUGAUUGACCAAGUUUUCUCACUUCUUAUCGAUCCAGACUGCCUAUACUUCACAGAGGUUGUCUCUAAUUUACAACUGAGAGGUGGUCAGGUUGUAUGCAGUGCUAGUAUCUAUCAUAUUAGACCUCAGUACUCAGUUCACUUCGCAUUUCUAGGGUCUAUAAAGAGAGAGUUGGGUACUCGAGUUGAUCUCAACAAAACUUUCCACCCCCAGACCAAUGGUCAGUUAGAGAUGACUAUUCAGCUCUUGGAGGACAUGGUACGGGCUUGUGUUAUUGAUUUUAGGCUUCAAUGGGAUCCAUCCUUGGCUUUGGCAGAGUUUAGUAGGCAGAAGAGUUAUGCUGAUAAGAAGGUUGGACCUUUGAAGUUUAUGAUUGGAGACCAAAUAUUCCCGUUAGUGUCUCCCAUGAAGGGCGAGAAGAGAUUCAAGAUGAAAGGAGAUUUUGGUCUUCGCAUUCGCGACCCAGGUGUCCACGAUCGCAAAGGGCUUGAAAUUGGUAGGGUCGUUCGAGCUCUUCCGAUGCUCAAAAUAUGCCUAUUUUUGGAGCGCAAGUUCCUUGAGCCUUUUGGAACCGUGUGA